CAGCGCAUGCACUCAGCAAGGGGAAUUAUUAACGACGGAAAGUGGAAGUGGGAAAGGAGGAACAGAAUUGGUCAUUUCCUAAAUGGGAAUUGUGAUUCUUGAUUUAGUCCUGCAGGUAGCCAGGUACCACUACAGAGAUUAACGAAUGAUGCAAAAAAACAAAGUGAGGCUGUUUUCAGCAGCAGCGACGCUUCGCCGGGAUUAGCCCACUAGGCUGCUUAGUUCUCACGGUGGCCGGGGUGGCUUUGUACCCAAGGUGCUGCGACCAUCCUCGUGUCCCGGUGCGUGCAGGUGUUGGCUACAAGCUCCGGAGACUGCACCCUGUAAUCCAGGACCAGGUUGCCCCUAUGGAUCGCUUCAAUGGAUGACUCCAAACCCGAUUUUGACAACAACCUGAGUCCCAGCAGCAGGUACGCGUCUUCUCCUCCAGAUGGGUUGGAAACUGAAGCGUUUUGCUGGCCGGAGAAUGACACUGUCGCCGGGACUGUCGGCGUUGAUGCUCCGGCUAGCGGCCCAGGAGGACCGGACCUCUCAGGCUACUGGACCGCUGUAUUCGACUAUGAUGCUGGGGCGGAAGACGAGCUCAGCCUGCGAAAGGGUGACCUGGUGGAGGUGCUGUCGAAGGACUCGUUAGUGUCCGGGGACGAGGGCUGGUGGACGGGGCUGAUCGAGGAUCGGGUUGGCAUUUUCCCCAGUAAUUAUGUCAGUAUUGGGAAUGGAAUCUCUGAGAAAAUACGGGACAGAGACACGUCAGUGAAGGAGUACUCUGAUUACGCCGUGCCUUCACUACACCUUCUGGAGGUUGACUUCUCGGAGCUGACCCUGGAGGAGAUCAUCGGUGUGGGUGGUUUUGGGAAGGUGUACCGUGCCAUGUGGCGAGGGGCGGAGGUGGCAGUGAAGGCUGCGAGGCGGGACCCCGAUGAGGAGGAGGGACAGAUCCUAGAGAGCGUUCGUCAGGAGGCCAAGCUGUUUGCAAUGCUGCACCACCCCAAUAUCAUGGCCCUACUGGGGGUGUGUCUCCAGGAGCCGACACUGUGCCUGGUGAUGGAGUUUGCCCGGGGAGGACCGUUGAACCGAGCCCUGUCAGGGAAACGUAUCCCACCAUGCACCCUGGUAGACUGGGCCGUGCAGAUCGCCCGUGCCAUGCACUACCUCCACUGUGAGGCCAUCGUCCCCGUCAUACACAGAGACCUCAAGUCUAGCAACAUCCUGAUCCUGGAGAAGGUCGAGAUGGAGGAUCUGACCAACAAGACCCUGAAGAUCACCGACUUCGGCCUGGCGAGGGAGUGGCACCGUACCACCAAGAUGUCAGCCGCUGGCACCUACGCCUGGAUGGCGCCCGAGGUCAUCCGCUCCUCCACCUUCUCUAAAGGCAGCGAUGUCUGGAGCUACGGGGUUCUUCUGUGGGAGCUGCUGACGGGAGAAGUCCCAUUCAGGGGCAUUGAUUGUCUCGCGGUGGCAUAUGGAGUAGCCAUGAAUAAGCUGGCGUUGCCCAUCCCUUCCACCUGCCCAGAGCCCUUCGCCCGUCUUAUGGAAGACUGCUGGAGUCCAGACCCCCACCUACGACCUCUCUUCACCAGUAUCCUGGACCAGCUGACAUCUAUAGAGGAAUCGGGCUUCUUCGAGAUGCCAGUCGAGUCCUUCCACUCCCUGCAGGACGACUGGAAGAUGGAGAUUCAGGAGAUGUUCGACCAGCUCAGGGUCAAGGAGAAGGAGCUGAGGUCGUGGGAGGAGGAGCUGAGUCGUGCUGCGCUGCAGCAGAAGAGCCAAGAGGAGGAGCUUAGGAGGAGGGAGCAGGAGCUGGCGGAGAGGGAGAUCCACAUCCUGGAGAGAGAGCUGAACGUUAUCAUCCACCAGCUGUAUCAGGAGAAACCCCGUGUGGAGAGCAGGCAGGGCAAGUUCAGACGCUCACGGCUCAAACUGAAGGACGGGAACAGGAUCAGUCUGCCUUCAGAUUUUCAACACAAGAUCACCGUGCAGGCCUCUCCCUCUCACGAUCGAUGCAGGAGUUUACUGGGAAGUCUCUCCAGCCCUCCCACCAGUCCCCAGGCCCCGUUACUACCACGCCUCAGAGCCAUACAACUGACUCCUGGAGGUGAGGGGUGUAAAGGUUGGGGCCGAUUGGAUGAGGAGGAAGAGAAGAGAGGCUCCAGGAAGAAAGGCCGUAUCAGGGGCUCACACAGAGAACACAGUGAUGAUGAGAGCAGCAAGGUCCCUCAGGAGGGAAACAGACAGAGGUCCUGCAGCGCCCCAAAUCUCCGCAGGUCACCGAGACACAGCCCUGCCAUACCAGGGGUACCCAGCCUCACUGAGAUGGAGAAUGAAGACUGCUGUUACACCACUGACCCAGGGGCCAACGCAUCCCCCAGCCAAUCCUACCUCUGCAUCCCCUUCCACAAGGAGGGGCCUGUUGCCGAUGGUAACGCAGGUGGAGGCGGGGAGUACUACCCUAGUUACCGUAGCACCCAGGCCCCGGACACGCCCCCCAGUAGGAAGAGUCCUGCCGGGCGGGGGAGGUCAGAGCUGGUGCUACUGGGGUGUGGGGCCUUGCUGGCUGCAGUAGGACUGGGCUUCAAUAUGAUGACUCUGGCCCAGCCUGGGACUGGUUCUGGGUCUGGGACUGAGGGGGCUGGGGAAAGCAGCAAGCCACCUCGCUGGGAGGGCUUCUUCCACCGUACAGGGACAGGGGGCCAGAGACGGAGCACCAGUCCCCCCACACGCAAGCUCUUCAGGCGGGGAGGGGACAAGGAGAGCCCCCUGAAGCACUCGGUUGCCACGGUGACGGAGCGGGUCGGAGGCGGACUGUUUCCGUCCUCUCUCACACUGCUGUCACUGUCGUCUGUGUCGGACUGUAAUUCUACGCGGUCUCUGUUACGAUCUGAUAGUGAGGAACUGUUGGUCUACCGCACUGCCUCUCCCCAGGCCCCUGUUCAACCUUCUGUCCAGCCCCACACCUCUGUUCACCCCCAGCCCCAGCAUGCCUCACUCAACCCCUUGGUCAACACACACCUGGAGAGCUUCAAGCGUCACCCUCGGCAGUCCCUGACCCCGACCCAUCUUCCCUCCGCUCCAUCCUCCUCACGCUGCCUUCACCGUACCCCCUCCGACGGAGCCAUCGAGACACGCUGCCCUCCAAACUAUAUCCACCCUUUUCCUUUACACGUCAGAGCAGCUCUGGAGCCUUCAGAUGGAGGUCUCAGGGGUCUAAGUGACAACGUAGCCCAGGUUCCCCGGUUGCCAGAUCCAAAUCUGGUGUUUCCCCCUACACCGCGCCGCCGCUGCCCUCCUGAACGACCCAAAACCCUGGACUUCCUGGUUAGACCACGUCCCUCGCCACGGGUACGCUGCGACGUCUUCCUGGGCCAGUCACCUGGGCGGGGCAGAGGAGGGGGGCAGGGGAAUGGAGAGUCCCCAGCCCACACCACCAGCACAGACACCCCUCCCACGGUGGAGUUUGGCAGGGACAUGACCGUCCUUCCUACACCCUUGGAGCCCCCAACACCAUCCCCAAGGAGGGGACACAGUCUGGAGGCCCCGACACCCUCACCAAGGAGGGGACACCCACUGCUAACCCAUCACAUGGAGCCCAGAGACAUGGAGGUACUAGCCACCCCCAUGGAGCCCCCUUACGCCUGCUCAACCUCCCCGCGGCGGAGGGGGGACAGUCUGCUGGACCAACAGGACGAGGAACAAUGUCUGGACCCAACCCUCCCACUCUGCAAACCCGAGUCCCAGUUUCCCAAAUGUUCCCCGUACCGCUACCGGCCUGGGUUCUUUUCCUAACCUGGUCCAGUCUGGGUUCUGGUCCUCCUCUGGUCCAACCUGGGUUCUGAUCCUAACUCGGUCCAUCUAGCGCUACCAGCUUGGGUUUUGGUCCUAACCUGGUCCCUCUCGCGCUAUUGGCCUGGGUUCUGGUCCUAACCUGGUCC